CAGCAAAACUGGAUAUGGCGGGUUCUAACGGUCAUCGGGAGCGGAAGUUCCACAAAAAGAAAAAAACAGAUGUUGACAAUGAAAUAGACGAAACUUUGCAUAUGCUUAACAGCCAAGCUUUGACCUUGAUGACGGGCUAAGGCCGGCAGCUGCCACCAGUGCGAUUCUAGGUCUCAUCGCCCCCAGAUUCGCCUAUUUUCCAAUGAUUUUAUUUUUUUGGUUUUCCCUGUCUAGUCUUAUAUAAGGCCAGCCCUGCUGCCUGACCGCUCGAGCAUUGCACAAUCCGGGGCAGCUUCGAUCGAUUUCACACACCGCUGGCUGCUGCUGCUGGGCAAGUGACUUCCGGCUUUUUUUUUAGCCAAGCCACGCCACAACACUACGCCAAGCCCCGAAAAGAGUCCAAAGUAUAAAUGGCUAUGUUGUUGUCAAAAUGCUGCCACAAAUUUGACGAGAGUGCAACGCGAUGGAGCUGCCACCAAUUGGGAAGAUAUGCGGACUGCUUAGCCAGCUGAAGAUGCAAAUGUUGCUGCAGUUGCUGUUGCUGGCAUCGCCGGCAAUGUUGCAGCACCAACACUUGAUCUUUCAUCCGCGGCAGCUGUACUACGACUCACCGCGACUUCGGAGAUUUGAGUAUGCCGCAGCCACGCCCUUUGUGGGCGGCUAUGGACCAGCCGCUCCUCCACCGGCUCCACUUCACUACCAACAGCAGACGCCGCACUUCCAGCUGAUCAACUACCGCCCCAGCUAUCCUGCCCUGCCCUUGGACUACCAGCAACAGCAGUUGCCCGCUCCUGCCCCGCCCCUACCGCCUCUUUAUCCGCAACCAAGUGUGCAGUACCAGCAAAGGACCAUCGCUCCGCAUGCCGAACUGGCCAAGUAUCGCUAUGAGGGGAACUAUCUGCCGGUGCAACGGGUCGCCCUGCAGCAACCUCAACGUCGCGCCGAGGAGCAACAGCAAUUGCAGCAGCAGCACUUGCAACAGCAACACUUGCAACAGCAGCAACAGCAGCAGCAACUCUACAAUGUGCCACCGGCACUCUUCACCAGCGAUGUGUUGCAUGUGAUACCACCGCGUAUCGCCAGAUUGCAGGAGCAGCAGCAACAGCCUUCGCAAUCUGUCCAAACGGAGCGACCCAGGAGGUUUGCCAAGGAUCAGGAUACGGAUGUCGCCGAAACCAAAAGUCGAAGUGAUCCAAAAACGAAGGAAUCCAGAUACUUUCAUGAUAUUUUCAUGCGUUUUGAUGGCCCCAGUUCGCGGAGUCAUGGUCACGUCCUGAAGCAUCCGAAGGUUCAGGAAAAACGCUUUGAAUCGCAGAGAGGCACGAACCGCUACAAGGGCGAGGUGAUUUGGACAGAUCGUCGAGGAGGCCACGGCGAACACCGCUGGGACAUGGCGCAGGGAAAACUAUCUACUUGAGCAGCGCAGCUCUAAUCAGCCUCAAUUUGCAUACUCCUUCCCCUCACCUCCCCUGUCUUCUCCUUCCCCCACUCUCUGUACAUACCCAUCAAAGAACUCGCAUAAAUCGUGACUUUUCAUAAUUUUGGCGUAUUAUUUAUUUAAGGGCAAUGAUUUGGCGUGAAAUUGGGAAGAGCACUGCAAAAGAUUUGCAUACGCAUGCAGCCUUCUCGAUCUUGUCUUGGGUCAUCUAAGAUUGAGAUUUUCUCACGCCUCUCCGGAAAAGUGGACUGUCCAACCGGUUGAGCAGCUUUGCGGCCACCUAAAAAGGUCAACUGGCGACGGGCCAUCGCCAUCCUUUAGCAGGAAACUGGUUCUCUGCAGUGACCCGAAUGUCCUGCAGUUACUUAAGUGACUUACAGGACAAGACAGUCAGUCCAUCAUGCGGGCUGGGAUAUGUAAAUGUAAAUAUCUACCAAGGAGCAGAAGGGGUUGAAGAUGCUUUAGGGUCUUGUAACCUCGCCGGUGACCUCGGGGGUUGCAUUUGCCUUCGACUCUGCUCAUUUGCAUAUCUCCAAGUCGGUCGCACACAAAUGACACAAAUGCCCGGCGGACAGGACUAAUGUCCAGUUGUUGUUUGCCUACAUCUUGGGCCCGAAUGACCAUGCACAUGUUCGGGAUCCUGACCCGAGAUCAAUAUUGAGUCCGGGGCAUAUGUAAAUGGGUUGCAAUGGGACCUCGCUAUGCGGGUCAUUAGCGAAGCGAUCGGCGCUGGCUGUCAGUCAUAGUCAACUCACCUCGAGAUUGUCCAGAACCGGUUCCUAAUCGACGGUCUUCUUCUUGGGCGAUAAGGUCAUCAGGGCAAGGGGUAUUCUGCUUCUCAAAGUUCUCACACGCUCAUCUAAUUUAUGCAAGGACACUGCAGAAGGACACUGGAUGCGACUGCGAUGCGAUUGCGAUUGCCGUGGCUAUUGCUUUGAGUGAGUGCGAGUGCGAGGUUCCCAAAAGGACAACCGGUCUGACCGGUCCGGCCGGGUCCGAAUCCAAAGCCGUGUCUUCGGUGACCACGAUCCACGUCCUCUCUGGUGGGAACUGCCAUUAGAUGGCCUUUGUCAGCAACUGCCCGAACGGGUUGUCCUCAGAUGUUCCUUGGGUGUCACUGGGAUCUUGGUCUUGAGUCCUUUACGAGCUUCGCCAAUCGCUCGGGGUUAGCGCAUUGAUUAUAAGCAAAUAAAAUUUUGUUUACCAUCGAGUUGGCAGACAUCGGUGUGACCUCAAUUUGGACAUCGGAUGUGCCUCGGAUUGUCUCAAGAUAUUUAAAUUACAAGGAAGCUUAGAAAUUUUAUAUGUGUACGUAGGGGAGGGAGUUAUUCACUUAAGAAAUUAUACUGAGUAAAAGAAAAAAAGAAAUUUACAAACCACCUGUUUGGAAUGCUAUUUUAAAGCCACCAAAAUUUAAUUUUACCAAAAUAGACAACAUGUUUGUGCUUAUUGAAAC